CAUUGAUCGGCGACCUUGUCAACAUAAACAGAAAGUAGGAACUAUGUUGCGUCUGCGUGUGGACUUUACCUGCUUCCUCUUUAUCGUGACAAUUUGAGUUUUAUGCUGUGGGCUGUUUUGGGAUAACCUCUGCACCCAGGAUGGGUCAGCAGAUCUCAGGUCAUGCUGUGUCCCGUCUCCCCGACAAGCUGGCCAAACAUGUGGGUCUUGUUCGUGACAGCAGUUACCUCACCUAUGAGGAGUUCCUGGCCAGAGUUGCCGAAUUAAAUGACGUGACGGCCAAGCUUUCAGCAGGACAGCAGAAGCACCUGCUGUUUGAGGUGAAGCCCGGAUCUGAUGCCACAGCGUUUUGGAAGGUGGCAGUGAGAGUGGUCUGUACAAAGAUCAACAAGGAAAGCGGCAUCUUGGAGGCGUCCCGCAUCAUGAACCUGUACCAGUUCAUCCAGCUCUAUCGGGACAUCACCAGUCAGGCUGCUGAGGUCUUGUCAGCAGAGGGUGCUACUGAGGGCACGUCCACCCAGCUGCCCACCACUGAUUCCUGUCAGGCCAGCAUGUGGAUGGGCAGAGUGAAGCAGCUGACUGAUGAUGAGGAAUGCUGCAUAUGCAUGGAUGGGAAAGCCGAUCUCAUUCUGCCCUGCUCCCACAGUUUUUGCCAGAAGUGCAUUGAUAAAUGGAGCGGUCAAAGCCGAAACUGUCCCAUGUGUCGCCUGCAGGUGUCGGCUGCCAGUGAAUCGUGGGUAAUGCCUGACAUGCCUACAGAGGACGACAUCGCUGGCUACAUCCUGAACCUGGCGGAUGAAGCAGGAUACGCACACAGGCCUUGACACAACGCACCCUGAAACCUUUAGUACUGACACACAGGCCACUUUAUUGAUCUGUUUUUAAAGAAGGAACUUCCAAAUCCAGGAUGCACUUUAACACACACUGGUUAGCUGUUUUUGGUUUUUUGUUUUUUUUACGUCAGCGUGUUAUUCUGUUUCAAUAGCAGAUGAUGAGUGCUGAAGGUUGGUGGCUGCAGUGACCUACAUGAUGGGGUCAUGGGAUCAGGAUUCUACGGAAGAUAAAUGACACAGGGGCAUUGUAUGGACAUGCAAAUAGGAAUUCAUAGAUUUGAUCUAUGAAUCACCUGAGAGUGGAAGUUUGAAACCUAUUCUUGACGGUGUUCCUGUUCUCUUAAUUCAGCAGUGUGAACCAUCCUGUACAGUCUGAUGUGCAAGGAUCUUUGAUGAUGCUGGUUUUAAUAAUUCUCUUCUUCUCGUGUACUGUAUGAGAAAGUACGCUGAAAUUUCUCGUUUUAUUUGAUGACAAAAACAUUUUACUUUGUUGUGUAUUCUUAUCUUGUAACUGUGACUUCAUGUUUUGCUGUUCUGAUUUAGGAAAAUAGAUUUUUCAAUGCGACGCCAGAUUCGUCUUAUGAUACUGUGCUGUGAAGUCAUGAGGGGCUUGCAUCACACACAGAGGUUUUUUGGUUUGACUCGCACUUUUUCCCUUCUCUCUGGCGGUUUGCUCUCACGGUGAAUGAGGAAGCAUCUUCCAAGUAUAAAAACUUGCUUUAGAAUUCUUAUUACAAAUGUACCAAGCCUUUGUUUGUGUAUAAGACACCUUAAUCUCUAACACUGUGUGCUGUGACAACAUCACACGUGUAGUGAUUCAUCAACUGAAGUUAAGAUUUCCUUUCUACAUAUUCUUUAACACAUUAAAGAAUUGAGUGAAAAUGUGAAUAGCAAUGUCUAUGGCUGUUACAUUUGAAAACAUUUCAUUCACUCACUUCACUCACCAAAUAUGGUACUGAGCAAAAGUGGGCGGCGGGUCACGUGACCAAAUAUGGUAAUGAGCAAAGUGGGGAGUGGGGGAGUGUGUCACGUGACCAAAUAUGGCAAUGAGCAAAAGUAGGCGGCGCGUCACGUGAACAAUGAGCAAAGGGGUGCGGCGCUUCACACAAUCAAAUAUGGUAAUGGACAAAAGGGGGCGUUGCUUCACACAGCCAAAUAUGGUAAUGAGCAAAGUGGGGGGCACCUCACGUGACCAAAUAUAGUAAUGAGCAAAGUGGGCAGCGCGUCACGCUACCAAAUAUGGUAAUGCACAAAGUGGGCGGCGCGUCACAUGAACAAUAAGAAAAAAUGGGCGAUGCGUCAUGUG